GACGCGUUGUGAAACCCUUGGGGAUACCAAGCCACUUUAUUCUGUGAUCCUGAUUCAAUUGUGCGCUAUUAAAAAGGAUUCUUUCAAUCUAAUUCUUACUUCAAUUUUAACUCAAUCAUAGAUUUUAGUUAAACAUUAUACUACAUAUUAGUCUUUGUUAAUUCAUUAUUUAAUUUCUUUCUUAAAGGAUUGAUUCUAAAUUUAGAUAAUAAUAAUGGGCGUUGUAUAUUGAAGUUGUUUGCCAGGGGUGCCAAACAUUUUCAAUAGCGUGUGUUAGUUACGUAACCUCGCCGGGGAAAAUCGAUAUCCUGAGCGUAUAAAUAGCGACCCACGAUUUAGAACAGCUGGCUGGCCGCCAGACGAAAUGCAGCCUGUGAGGAUGAGAAGACCGCGUCGGCAUCGCUGGCUGACAGUGUCGGUGUUCUUUAUAGCGUACUCCAUCUUCCAAGCGGUGCUGAGUGCCUCCACAUCGCCUUUGAUAGACAAACUGACGACUACCAGUGAGGAUUCUCAGCCAGCAAGCCCUGAACCAAGCUCCAAAGGAACAACAAAAGAGGCAAUAGCUUCAUCCCCUGUACCAGUUACCAGUCAAACCGAGGACGAAGAUAGCAGUGAGUUACCACCAGAGGGAGGCAAGAAAGGUCUCAAAGGCUCCGAGGAAGAAGAGGAGGGAGAAAAGAAGAAACAGAAGGAUGAUGGUUACGUCAAAACAAAUGAUGAAGAUGCUAUCCCUACUGUCCAUCCGUUAAGGAAUUGUACUCCGCCUGCCAUUGAACAGUUUCCUCAACCAUUGAUGGGUCAGACAGCACGUAAACACGGCGGUCUUAUUCUUCACAUCCUGGUGGCUGUGUUCACCUUUAUCGGACUCGCCAUCGUCUGUGAUGAAUACUUUGUCUGCAGCUUGGAUAGGAUCUGUGAAGAACUGAAGCUGGCGCCUGACGUGGCUGGUGCAACUUUCAUGGCCGCCGGUAGCUCCGCUCCUGAACUUGCUACUGUUGUUAUUGGAGUGUUUUGCGCACAGGAUGAUAUUGGUGUGUCUGGUGUGAUCGGGUCAGCGGUGUUCAACAUUAUGUUUGUUAUCUCCGUGUGUGCUCUGUGCGCCGGGACUGUGAGCCAUCUCAACUGGUGGCCUCUCUGCCGCGACUGUUUCUUCUAUGCCCUCUCUAUACUUGUUAUGCUCUGUACUAUCGCCAAUAAAUACGUCUCCUGGCCGGAAGCUCUCUUCAUGUUGAUAAUGUACGGUGUCUACUGCAUCGCGCUGCGCUUCAAUACUGAACUGGAACGUUGGGCGUUGACCUUGCCACUGCCUUUCAAACUACCUACAAGAGAGGAACAGGCUGCCCUCGUUACAUACAGAAGUACUGGAGGGCAACCUCCAGCGGCGGCCGCCAAUGCUGAAGGCCAGUACACGCAAAUGGAGGGACAGACUAAGGAAACUCCUCUACAAUCUGCUGCCUACAAUCCUGAUGGCGCUUACGACAACGCGGCCUACAACGCUGAGCCUAUCCCCGUGUGGGAUCCCAAUGCGGUCUGGGACCCCGACCAGGCCUGGGAUUCUUCUACGCAAGGAGCGCCCGCGCAACCUGGCUGGCGACCUGAACCUCAACAGACUCAGGCGCAGGCGCAGACGCCGACACAACAACCGCAAGAGAACCAACCACAACAACCACCACAGCCGAUUGCGCCCGCUAUGCCAGCGUACUACAAGGCCAAGGAGUACAACCCAGAGACUGCUGUAGACCCACUCGUUAAACCCAUCGGUGCAAACAAGCUGCAGCUAGCAUGUUGGUACGUGGCGUUCCCAAUCCACUGGUCAUGCCGGCGCACGAUGCCUGACUGCCGCGGCCGCUGGUACCCGAUCACAUUCAUCAUCUCCAUGCUCUGGAUCUCCUUCUAUUCUUACUUCAUGGUCUGGAUGAUCACCAUCAUCGGCUAUACUUUGGGCAUUCCUGAUACGGUAAUGGGAUUGACGUUCGUAGCGGCUGGCGUGUCCGUGCCUGAUGCGCUUUCCUCCCUCGCUGUUAUCAAGGAAGGAUACGGUGACAUGGCGGUCUCUAACGCGGUUGGUUCCAACGUGUUCGACAUCCUGGUGUGUCUCGGUCUGCCCUGGUUCAUCCAAACCGCCAUCAUACAUCCCGGCAGUCACGUCAAUGUCAUCAGCAAAGGCCUAAUCUACUCCACGCUGUCUCUGUUCUCAACGGUAAUCUUCUUGGUAGUAGCGACGCACGCCAACGGCUGGAAGUUGGACCGUAAGUACGGCGUGGUGCUGAUGAUUUGGUACCUGCUCUUCAUAACCCUCGCCAGUCUCUACGAGCUGAACGUCUUUGGCAACUUCCAUCAGCCAGAUUGCGAAUCUGCGUAUUAAUUUAUCUAUAGUUCGUUUGUUUGAAAGUGACAGUUCGAUUUCUCAUACUCUUUGUCAGACAAAGAAUAUGUAACCGACCUGUUUUGGCAAAGAGUAUGUAACGUCACAAUUAAAUUUCGAAUGUUUGAUGGUUGCAUAGAUUAGAAAUAAUUAGCAUUUGUUUUUUGCUGGCCAAUCAAUUAAGCUUUUAAUGUGUAUAUUGAAUAAUGAUCUCAUAAAAAUAUUAAACAGUAAAUGUUUGUGUAAUAAGUUUGAAUAUAUUUAUGGGUAUUAUUUUUCUUUUACGAAUAAAGAGCGCGCUACGUGAUACUGGCUACAAAAAAAUAAUAAACAAGAAAAAGGUUGCAUAUAACGGUCUAAAUAAAUCUUAUGAGUUAAAACACAUCGAUAUUAUUAUAUUAUUUAUGAAUAACACCGAUUUAACACACGAAAAGCCCAUUUUAAUUACUCAAAUUUAUUUCUAGUCAUUCUUGUUUAUGUCAUAAUAAUCCAUUUAGGAAAAUUAAUUCGAAAAAGGAAAGUUUAAUUUUGAUUUUAAUAUAAUAUUUAUAUAUUUUUGGUUAGCAAAUCUAUGGUGUCAUUUAUUUUUUUAAUUUUUUUUUUAUCUCCACACAAUCGUGGCCUAUCCACGCACAAAUUAAAAAAACAGCAUUGAAAUUUCUUUAACUGAUAAUAGGGUUAUCAAACGUAAAACAUCGAGAUCCACGAAUUAAAUUUGAUAAAAAUAUAAAAUGAUUAUAGGAAAAAAAAGAUUUUAAAAUAUUUAAAAAUAAUAAUAAGUAAUGAAUUAGCAAUUAGACUCAGCUUUUUAAAAUCUUACAUAGAUCUUUUUAUAUUAUUCUCUCAUUCUGAUAAAUUAUAGUCUAGUCAUUUUACUUUUAUAAUAUAAUUUUAGUUUAUAUCUUCUAAGUUCAUUUACAUUAAGAAUAGAAUUUUUUAUUAUGUAGUAAGUUAAAAAACACCCAUACAACUGUAUGAAGACAUCCAAUUGACAUUUCAAUAGGUAUUCAUAUUGCUCGUUUGUAAUUUAACUAGGUAAAUUGUUAACGGACAAUGAAUUUCAGUAAAUCCAAUGGUUAACGAACUAAAUGAAGGUUUAUAUUUGAAUCUACUACCUCAGUCUUCUUCCUAAAAUAAUUCCAUUUUAAUAAUACGUGAUGCGUAUUUUAAAAUAAGUAACCGGAUCUUCCUAAUUUACUCCUUUAGUUUUUAUAAUACCGAUGUGCAAGCAAUCUGUAACGUGUUUUCUUUCCAUUACCGAAAUAGCUAAAACAAAAAAUAUUCUCAUCCCUUUCAUUUCCUUUCAAGGAAAAGAGAAAGCAAUAUGUUUUUGUACUAUUUUUUUGGCAUUGAAAACACAUCGUCGCAAGUCUUUGUGAGCCCAAAAAAUGUUAUGUUUCUAAAUUUUAAAACUUUAAAACUAAUGUCAAUUAUAUAAUUGGAUGUUAAUCGUCAUUUGUUUAUAAAAUAAUUGUCUCUUUGGACAAUUUAAAAAGUUGUAACCAUUGAUGCGGAAUAUCUAUGGAUGGUCCCGUGACUUUUAAGAGACAGGACUUGGACAGGACAGGACGCACUUGACAGGAGUGCGUUGCCCUCUGAAAAAUAAAACGAACAAUAAUAUCUUAACUUGCUUGCUUGUAUGCUUUUUGUGUGUGUGUUUACAUUUUUUUUUAGUAUGCGUAAUAAGUCAUAUUUUUAUGUACAUUAUGAUUGUCAAUAUUACCUCAUCUCGUGAAAA